GAAACGUUGCUCCCUUAACACUGCUUUAAGAUGGCUUUCAGAACUGGACAGGUUAUCAACUAUCUUCUGAUCAUUUAGUUUGAAUACUUGUCAUAAUCGGAUGGUGUGUGAAGUGUAGAUCUGAUUUAAGGGCUUUGGCCACUGUAAGUGGUGUCCGAUCUCGGCGACACCUUCAAUUACCCUGCGACAUUCUGCACAGCGCUCGGUAUCAGUGCUGUUAACACUGGUUGUGAUUUUGAGUUUGUAAAUAUUAUCAGCUCUGCAAUCAGACUACAUCUAGAUAAGAGCUUCUGUUAAAAUGGCCACCAUGGAGAAGCUAAUGAAGGCGUUUGAGUCGCUCAAAUCAUUCCAGCAGCAGCAAGGCCCGCUGUCGGCCGAAGAGCUCGUCCAGAAACAGAAAAAAGACCUUGCUACAACCAAAAAGGACAGAGUGACUCAUUGUAUGACGAUAUGCGAAAACAUCAUGGCACAGUCGCUGAGGACAUCACCAGAGUUCCAGAAACUUCUUGGAAUUGCCAUGGAAAUGUUCUUGCUGUGCAGUGACGACAAGGAGUCUGACGUCAGGAUGGUGGCUGAUGAGUGCCUCAACAAAAUCAUCAAAGCUUUGAUGGAUUCCAAUUUACCUAGACUGCAGCUUGAGCUGUACAAAGAGAUUAAAAAGAAUGCUGCCUCUCGGAGUCUGCGGGCAGCUCUCUGGAGGUUUGCUGAGCUCGCUCACCUGGUGCGUCCACAGAAAUGCAGGCCGUACUUGGUGAAUCUGUUGCCAUGUCUGACCCGGAUCACUAAACGUCAAGAGGAGACGGUACAGGAAACUCUGUCUUCCUCAAUUCCUAAAAUCAUGGCUGCCCUCGGACACUUUGGCAAUGAUGGAGAGAUAAAGAUGCUGCUGAAGGCCUUUGUUGCCAAUCUGAAAUCCAGCUCUCCAACUAUCCGCCGCACAGCGGCCAGCUCUGCCGUCAGCGUGUGUCAGCACUCACGCAGAACACACUACUUCUACACCUGGCUUCUUAAUGUGCUGCUUGGUUUGGUGGUACCAGUGGAUGAGGAGCAUUCCAGUCACCUGAUUCUGGGUGUCUUACUGACAUUGCGCUACCUGAUGCCUCUUAUUCAGCAGCAGGCUCCUAACACCAGUCUGAAGGGCAGCUUUGGGCUUGUUCGUAAAGAGGCAGAUGUCUCCCCCUCACCUGAGCAGCUCGUCCAGGUGUAUGAGCUGACCCUGCAUUACACACAGCACUGGGAUCAUAAUGUGGUGACGGCGUCUCUAGAGCUUCUCCAGCAGGUGUUUCGCACUCCUCCCCCUGAGCUGCUGAACUCACUCAUCACACCUGGCAAAAUCACACACACUAGUGUCUUCAAAGUUGAGACAGAGAGCCGUGCACGCAGUGGCAGCAUCACCGAGCUUAUUGCCGGUGGGUCAACAUGCAGUCCUCUCCUCCUCAGGAAGCAAAAAGGGAAGCUGUUGUUAGGUGAAGAAGAGGGUUUGGAGGAUGACCCUGAGAGGGCAGAGGUCACCACAGGAUCUUUCACUGCUUCAGUAGGUGGUGAAAGCUCCAGUGAAGCUCCGUCAUCGUCAGGCGUUUCUUCACUUGGCACAUCUGACAUCAUCACAGAGCAGCCACGCUCCUCCCAGCACACCUUGCAGUCGGGAGACUCGGUAGACCUGAGUGCUUCAGAGCAGGGGGUUGGGCCUGAUACUCCAGACGAUGAAGAUGAGGAGGACAUGCUAAGCCGCAGCUCAAGCGGAGGCGUGGGGGUCGUCAGCUCGUCUGCCAACUUAAUAACUGAUGGCAACCAAAUGUCGACAGGAGCCGCGUCAUCAUCACCCCCUAGUGACAGUUCCCAGACGACUACGGAGGGACCAGACUCCGCUGUGACGCCUUCAGAUUGCGCUGAGCUCGUGUUGGACGGCAGUGAGAGUCAGUACUCAGGGAUGCAGAUCGGCACAUUGCAGGACGAGGAAGAGGAGGGAGCAGCUCCACCGCCUGACAAACCUUCAGAGCCUUUCUCUCAGUCUGCACUGGCUUUAAGUAAGCCCCACCUUCUGGAGGGUAAAGGUCACAACAGGCAAUCAUCUGACAGCAGUGUGGAUCGAUUCAUACCAAAGGAAGAGGUUCUGGAGUCAGCAGAACUUGACAACAAGCCAUCAAGGAUUAAAGGAGAUAUUGGUCACUACACUGACCCAAAGGAAGAGCCUCUGGUGCACUGUGUGCGGCUGCUGGCUGCCUCCUUUCUGCUCUCUGGACAAAGAAACAGGCUGGUUCCUGAUAAUGAGGUCCGUGUGAGUGUGAAGGCAUUAGCUGUCAGCUGUGUGGGGGCAGCAGCAGCUCUUCUGCCAGAGGCUUUCUUUAACAGACUUUACCUGCACCCAAUAGAUGGACAGCAGCCAGAUGAACAACAGUACAUCAGUGAUGUACUGCAGUACAUUGAACAUGGAGACCCUCAGAUCAGAGGAGCUACAGCCAUCCUGUGUGGGGCUUUAAUCCAGGCCAUCCAUCUGAAGACACGAUACAACACAGAGACAUGGCUAUCACAGAUCCACAGCGUCACAAGAAACUCUGUGACACUGGAAGACUUUGUGCCUCUGCUGCAGCGCAGUUUGAAGGAUGAAUCCUCAGUCACAUGUAAAAUGGCCUGUGCUGCUGUUAGGCACUGCAUCAUGGCACUGUGUAGUGGCAGUCUCAGUGAACUGGGUCUGCAGCUGCUCAUCGACCUCUUGACCCUAAAAGACUGCUCCUAUUGGCUGGUUCGCACUGAGCUCCUGGAAACACUUGCUGAGAUAGACUUCAGGUUAAUAAGUUUCUUGGAGAGAAAAACGGAGAAGUUACACAAAGGAGAGCAUCACUACACUGGGUUGUUAAGGCUGCAGGACAGAGUUCUGAACAAUGUUGUGCUUUACCUGCUGGGCGAUGAGGAUCCACGUGUCAGACACAUAGCAGCUAACACCAUCAGCAGGUUAGUGCCCAGGUUGUUCUAUGACUGUGACCAGGCUCAGACAGACCCGGUUGUGGCCAUAGCUCGAGAUCAGUGCAAUGUGUAUCUACAACUACUUAUGCACGAGACCCUGCCACCAUCACAGUUCACCGUCAGCACAAUCACACGAACGUACCGCGGUUACAGCCUGUGUCAGAGUGCACCGGAUAUUACCAUGGAGAACAAUUUGUCUCGGGUCAUCACUGCCAUCUCACAUGCCCUCACAUCUUCCACUUCCAGAGCUAUGACAUUUGGCUGUUGUGAGGCUCUGUGCCUUCUAUCUAGCACCUUUCCAGUGUGCACCUGGAGCACAGGCUGGCACUUUGGCUUUGUGAGCUCUUCUGUCUUUCAUCUUAACCGCUCAAGCCAGUACCGCAGCAGAGGACGAUCCUUCAGUCUCUGUCAGCCUGGCAGUUUGAGUAAUGAGGAGAUACGUAAGUCUCUGACAGUGGGCGUGGCCAGUAUGGUUCUGUCUCUGCUCUCCUCCGCCUGGUUUCCACUUGAUCUCUCUGCUCAUCAGGCUGCUCUGCUGCUGGCUGGAAACCUUCUUGCAGCUGUUGCACCACAGUGCAUGAAGAGUCCAGGGACAGGUGAGGAGGAAUCUAGCUCCGCCCCCUCCAAGCAAGAAGAGCCAUGGCCUGGUCUCAAUGACCGAUCUCUGGUUGUUAUGGUGGAGCAGCUGUUCUCACACUUGCUGAAGAUCCUGAACAUCUGCGCCCAUGUGCUGGAUGACACGCCCCCAGGCCCUGCUGUCAAGGCCACUUUGCCCUCAUUGGCAAACACUCCGUCUCUCAGUCCGAUCAGGCGGAAGGGUAAAGAAAAGGAGAUGAGUGAGCCGAGUGCUACCCCCAUGAGCCCAAAGAAAGGAGGAGAGACCAACACAGGCAGAGCGGCAGACAGCACAGCAACUGCUGCGGUUAACAAGUCCACCACUCUGGGCAGCUUUUACCACCUCCCCACGUACCUGAAGCUGUAUGAUGCACUGAGAGCCACUCAAGCCAACUACAAAGUCACAUUAGAUCUCCACAACACCAAUGAGAAGUUUGGUAGUUUCCUGCGGUCAGCGCUUGAUGUCCUUUCCCAGCUGCUUGAGUUGGCCACCUUGCAUGAUAUAGGAAAAUGUGUGGAAGAGAUCCUGUGUUACCUCAAGUCCUGUUUCUCACGAGAACCGACAAUGGCUACUGUGUGUGUUCAACAGCUGUUGAAGGCAUUGUUUGGGACCAACCUUGCAUCUCAGUACGAGGGAGCCUCAUCUCAAACGUGUCGGUCCCAGGGCAAGGCCCUCCGGCUCGGUUCGACCAGUGUGAGGCCUGGCCUCUAUCAUUACUGCUUCAUGGCCCCAUACACACACUUUACCCAGGCCCUUGCAGACGCCAGCCUCAGAAACAUGGUGCAAGCUGAACAAGAACAGGAUGCCUCUGGGUGGUUUGAUGUCAUGCAAAAAGUAUCCAAUCAGUUGAGGUCAAGCAUCACCAAUGUCACUCGCCAUCGAGGAGACAAGAAUGCUAUUCAUAAUCACAUCCGCUUGUUUGAGCCUCUGGUGAUAAAGGCUCUGAAACAGUACACCACCAGCACCUCAGUGGCCCUGCAAAGACAGGUGCUGGAUCUACUUACCCAACUAGUGCAACUCAGAGUUAACUACUGCCUGCUUGAUUCAGAUCAGGUGUUCAUUGGUUUCGUGCUAAAGCAGUUUGAGUAUAUUGAAGUGGGGCAGUUUAGGGACUCGGAAGAAAUUGUGCCCAACAUUUUCUUCUUUCUGGUUCUGCUGUCGUAUGAACGCUACCACUCCAAACAGAUCAUCAGCAUCCCAAAGAUUAUUCAGCUGUGUGAUGGCAUCAUGGCGAGCGGCAGGAAGGCGGUAACACAUGCAAUCCCUGCUCUGCAGCCUAUAGUGCACGACUUGUUUGUGCUGCGUGGCUCUAAUAAAGCUGACGCAGGAAAGGAGUUGGACACUCAGAAGGAGGUGGUGGUGUCCAUGCUGCUACGCCUUAUACAACACCAUCAGGUUCUGGAGAUGUUUAUUCUGGUCCUGCAGCAGUGCCACAAAGAGAAUGAAGAUAAGUGGAAGAGGCUUUCACGACAAAUUGCUGACAUCAUCCUGCCGAUGAUUGGCAAACAACAAAUGCACCUGGACUCUCAUGAGGCACUGGGAGUGUUGAACACCCUGUUUGAGACAGUGGCUCCCUCCUCACUGCGGCCGGUGGACAUGCUGCUGAAGAGCAUGUUCAUCACACCAUCUACCUUGGCAUCAGUGGGCACGGUGCAGUUGUGGGUGUCUGGCAUUCUCGCCAUCCUGCGUGUUCUCAUCUCGCAGUCCACAGAGGACAUCAUUCUGUCUCGUAUUCAAGAGCUUUCACUGUCACCAAACUUUCUCUCCUGUCCCACUAUUCACCAACUCCGAGAAGAUGACCCUUCUCCCCCUGUUGCCCAGCCCACUACCAUGGAAGAGACCAAUGGGGAACCCCAGCGCUUCCCACCUGAGGAAACCUUUGCCAGGUUCUUAUUGCAGUUGGUGGGGGUAUUGCUGGAUGAUAUUGCCACCAAGGAGGUGAAGGUUGACAUGAGUGAGCAACAGCACACUUUUUACUGUCAGCAGCUGGGUACACUGCUCAUGUGUCUCAUCCACAUCUUCAAAUCAGGAAUGUUCCGGCGUAUCACGGCAGCAGGAAGCAGACUGCUGAAGGCAGAGGGAGUGGAGGGAUGUAGUUUUUAUACCCUGGAAGGUCUGAAUGGGCUGGUUAUCCAGCUCAUCACCACACACCCGUCUCUAGUCCUGCUCUGGUGUCAGGUCCUUCUCAUCAUCAACUACACCAACUAUACCUGGUGGUCAGAGGUGCAUCAGACGCCCAGGAGACACAGUCUGUCCAGUACUACACUGCUGAGUCCGCACUCAUCUGGAGAAGAGGAGAGACCAGAAGGAAAACUGGCCAUGUGUAACAGAGAGAUUGUCAGACGAGGGGCCCUUAUUCUCUUCUGUGACUACGUGUGUCAAAACCUGCAUGACUCUGAGCAUCUGACAUGGCUGACAGUAAAUCAUGUGAGUGAUCUGAUCAGUCUUUCCCAUGAGCCACCAGUGCAGGAUCUCAUCAGUGCAGUUCAUCGAAACUCUGCGGCCAGCGGCCUCUUCAUACAGGCUAUACAAUCACGCUGUGACAACCUUUCUACUCCUGUGAUGCUAAAGAAGACUUUGCAGUGUCUGGAAGGCAUUCACCUCAGUCAGUCUGGGGCUCUGCUUAUGUUAUAUGUGGACAAACUACUCAACACACCGUUCCGUGUGCUGGCUCGAAUGGUGGACACACUCGCCUGUAGACGUGUGGAGAUGCUGCUGGCCGAGACCUUACAGAAUAGUAUAGCUCAGCUACCUCUGGAGGAGCUCGACAGGAUUCAGCAGUACCUUCAGACCAGUGGCCUUUCUCAAAGGCAUCAGCGGUUCUACUCCCUGCUGGACAGGUUCAGAGCAACUGUUGCUGAAGAUACCAAGAGCCCUACUGCCCUCAUUACCUCACACCCACUGGAUGGGGACCCACCCCCUACCCCUGAAAAUGUUGAACCCAAUAAGGAGUGGUAUGUUGCCCUGGUGAAAUCUCAGUGUUGUUCGAGAGGUGAUGGAGCUCUAUAUGAAACCACAGAGCUGCUGACCAAACUUCCCCAACCUGACCUAAACGACUUAAUGACCUGCAAGGACUUUAACCUUUGUCUGCUGGCAUCAUGUCUGAGUGUUGGGUUGCAGAGGAUGUGUAAGGAUCAUGAGGCAGUUUUAUUUGAGACGGCUCAACAGGUGGCCUUUGAGCGAUUGGCUGGUGUCAUAGAGCUCCUCCCCUCCCCUCACCAGCCCCUCCUCCCUUCCUCCAAGACCUGUGUGAAUGCCUACAGGGAGAAACUCAAUCAAGUGUAUGGUGAGCCUGGGUUUUAUCAGACUGUGUUGAGUCUGUGUGGAGUGUUGAGUCAGUAUCUGCUGUCUCUGUCCAAACUCCCCUUCUCACUACACAUUCCCAAAGACAGAGAGACACUCAUUACCACCUUCAGCACCCUCGCCAUAGAGGUGGUGGUGUGGCGUUUGCUGCAGGAUCAGCUGCCUCUGAGUGUGGAUAUUCAGAUGAGUCUGUCAUGUCUGUGUCUGGCUCUCCAGCAGCCGGCAGUGUGGACACACUUCACCUCCCCCUCCUACCUCACACACACCUGCUCCAUCAUCCACUGCAUACAGCUCCUUAUCCAUGCAGUCGCUGUUGGUCCUGGUGACCAGCUUCUGAGGCCGGAAAGGAAAACAUCCAACACAGAACAGUCAGAGGAGGACCAGGUGGAUUCAGCGUUAGACAAUCAGCGUGUAUGGCGAUGUUGUGAGAUCAUGGCUGAGCUGGUUGAAGCACUGCAGAGUGUGCUGGCUCUGGGCCACCAUAGAAACAAGAACAUCCCAGCAUUCCUUACGCCAACCCUACAGAAUGUCAUCAUCAGCCUGGCCAGACUGCCCCUCGUAAACAGCUACACCCGCAUCCCACCACUGGUCUGGAAACUGGGCUGGUGCCCCAGGCCUGCUGGAGAGUUUGGCACAGCAUUGCCUGAGAUUCCUGUAGAGUUCCUGCAAGAAAAAGAUGUCUUCAGGGAGUUCCUUUACCGCAUUAACACUCUGGGCUGGAGCAGUCGGACACAGUUUGAGGAAACAUGGGCCACUCUGUUGGGGGUGCUGGUCACUCAGCCAAUCACGAUGGACCAAGAGGAGGAGUCCCAGCAAGAGGAGGAUCUGGAGAGGACUCAGAUAAAUGUACUGGCAGUGCAGGCCAUCACCUCUCUGGUGCUGAGUGCCAUGACUCUACCAACAGCAGGAAAUCCAGCUGUCAGCUGCCCUGAACAGCAACCCCGAAACAAAAUCCUUAAAGCUCUGGACACUAGGUAUGGCCGUAAGCUGAGUGUGAUCAGAGGUAUGGUUGAGCAUGAAAUUCAGGCCAUGGUGUCCAAGAGGGACAACAUCGCCACACACUUCCCCUAUCAAGCCUGGGACCCUGUGCCAUUCUUAUCAUCCUCAACGGCAGGCACCCUGAUCAGCCACGAGAAACUCCUUCUGCAGAUAAACACAGAGAGGGAGAUGGGAAACAUGGACUACAAACUGGGUCAAGUGUCGAUUCAUUCAGUGUGGUUAGGAAAUAAUAUUACCCCUCUGAGGGAGGAAGAGUGGGGUGAGGAUGAGGAAGAUGAAACGGAUGCACCCGCACCUUCCUCGCCACCAUUAUCACCAAUCAACUCCAGAAAGCACCGUGCUGGGGUUGACAUCCACUCCUGCUCCCAGUUCCUCCUGGAGCUCUACAGCCAGUGGAUCCUCCCAGGCAGCCCCAGCAGUAGGAAGACACCUGUUGUGCUCAUCAGUGAGGUGGUCAGAUCGCUGCUGGCAGUGUCUGAUCUCUUCACGGAGAGAAAUCAAUUUGAUAUGAUGUUCUCCACUCUGACUGAGCUACAGAAGGUCCAUCCACCAGAGGAUGAGAUCCUCAACCAGUACCUCGUACCGGCUAUCUGCAAAGCAGCUGCAGUGCUGGGCAUGGAUAAGGCCAUUGCUGAGCCUGUGUGCCGUCUGUUGGAAAGCACCUUACGCAGCACUCAUCUGCCCAGUAGGAUCGGUGCGCUACAUGGAGUUCUAUAUGUGCUGGAAUGUGAUCUACUGGAUGACACAGCACGCCAGCUCAUACCUACUGUCAGCGAAUACCUGGUCACCAACCUUAGAGCUAUAGCACACUGUGUGAACCUACACAACCAGCAGCAUGUGUUGGUGAUGUGCGCCGUAGCGUUCUACAUGAUGGAGAACUACCCACUGGAUGUAGGAUCAGAGUUCAAUGCUGGGGUCAUUCAGCUGUGCUGUGUGAUGCUGUCAGCUAGCGAGGAGGCCACCCCAUCCGUCAUUUACCACUGUGUACUUCGCGGUCUGGAGCGAUUGCUUCUGUCCGAGCAGUUGUCACGCAUGGAUGCAGAAACGCUAGUCAAGCUGAGCGUGGACCGGGUGAACAUGCCCAGUCCACACCGUGCCAUGGCUGCCCUGGGUCUCAUGCUCACCUGCAUGUACACAGGUGUGGCUGCAGAGGAAGGGAAAGAGAAGGGAAGUCCUGGCCUCCCCACUGAUGCAGAUACUGCGGCUCCUGACAGCGAAUCAGUCAUCGUUGCCAUGGAGCGUGUAUCCGUUCUCUUUGACAGGAUUCGUAAAGGCUUUCCGAGUGAGGCACGUGUGGUAUCCCGGAUCCUUCCUCAGUUCCUGGAUGACUUUUUCCCUCUGCAGGACGUCAUGAACAAAGUCAUCGGAGAGUUCCUGUCCAAUCAGCAGCCUUAUCCACAAUUCAUGGCUACGGUGGUCUACAAGGUAUUUCAAACACUUCAUACGACUGGCCAGUCCUCCAUGGUCCGUGAUUGGGUGCUACUCUCUCUUUCGAACUUCACACAGAGAACACCUGUCGCCAUGGCAAUGUGGAGCCUGUCCUGUUUCUUUGUCAGUGCCUCGACCAGCCAGUGGAUCUCUGCCCUCCUGCCUCAUGUCAUUAGUCGUAUGGGGAAGUCAGACACAGUGGACAUAAGCCUCUUUUGUCUGGUUGCUAUGGAUUUCUACCGACACCAAAUCGAUGAAGAGUUAGACCGCAGGGCCUUCCAGUCUGUCUUUGAGAUGGUGGCUUCUCCUGGUAGCCCAUAUUACCAACUACUCUGCUGUUUGCAGAGCAUUCACCAAGACACAUCACUAUAAAACAGACCAUAACAAGAUUAGUGACAGACCACAUUACAUUAGGAUCUACAUUGCAAUUAGUCAUCAAUGAAUGGUAACAUAAUGUGGCCCAUACUAGAGCAGAAGACAUUAUUGGAUAUAUUGAGCUGAAUCUGUUAAUAUGAUACCAUCUGUGUUAUGCAAGAGGACAUUUCCCCAAAUAGUUCAUAGUUAUUAGAGACAGUGGGGACCAAAGCACUUUCACUGAAGUAUGUGGCCACAAAAAUCACAUUGCACCCAAACACCUAAAGUCUUUAUUUAAAAAAAAAAAAAGUAUGUCUACUACCACCAGACAGCCAGAAUAUGUGACUUUAACCUCUUGGCACUAAGAAAAGUUUUUAUGAAGGCAGGCUUUUUUCUCCAUAAUCUGUUUGUAUAAAUUCAUUUGGAAUCUACGAAUGUUACUGAAGAUUUCCUGUCAUGCAGUCUAAACAGUCUAAGCAAAGAUCAUCAGUAGAACAUUGAUAUUCUUCUACAGAGAAUUUUCAAAUAGAGUUUCAUAAACAAACCGACUGGAGAACAUGUUGCGAAUGUUGAUACAAAAACUACAGAGUCAAAUCGUCCGUUAUUAAAACACUUCAGCAUCUCAAAGAUCACAUUUGUGUUUACAGACCAUAUGGAAUUUGCCCACGUUCAGCUACUUCAGGUUACUACAAAUGCAGAUAUACAAGCUGGCUACAGUCAGUACAUCCAGUUAUUUUAUACAAUACCUGUUUCUACCCUGUUCUCCACCAUUCACACCUAAAUUAUCUGAAACAAAGUUUAUUAUUCCUCUUACAAUUUAGUUGUUUAUAUAUUUUUUUUUUUUUUUUGUUUUUUUUUUUUUUUUUUUAAGUUGAUGCAUUUUUUUUUUUUUUUUAAAACACAAAACCGUUGUGAGCCGUUUUAUAUGGAAUAUGGCUAUUUUAUUUGAAAUAGCUAUAGCAGUUAGCGGAGAGGUUUUUAGAUUACACGGUUUCUGCUUCCGAACAUGACAGCUCAAAUCUUCAUGACAUGAUAUGUACCUUGCAACACAUUUAUCUUUGAUUAUUAAGCUCAGGACGUAAGAUAUGAUUAUUGGUCUAGUUUAAUGACUGGAAGUAUGCAUUUUAUUCUAAAGUGUUUACAUCCUGUACAAUUUGUGUAAAAGUAAUGAUAUUUGUGAUGAAAUUAAUAAACUGUGGUGCAUGACAACACCCGUUAAUGGACAUGAGAUGGCAUAAAGUGAAAGGCCAUUAGCAAACAAAAGUGCGCAGUAACCCAGCCUUUCUUUUCACCUUUAUGAGACUUGGGGGAGAGAAAAAAACAAAUAAACAAUCAUUUAAUUGUUGUCUCGGGUGGCAUAGGAGCCUUCACUGUAAAUAGAAUCCUUAGUUGACAAGCUGAAGAUAUCUUUGUAUAUUAACUUGAAGCAUGCUGUAGUCUGUUUUCAAUAUUAAAUAUUUAUGUGAUGUCACAGUAACAGAUGAAAUGGGAUGACUGUUGUGAUUGUUAGUGGGAUGACAGUCUACAUGGACACUGUUUAACUAUAACUACCAAUGACUGACAAAUUUGGCAAAUUGACAACUCACAGCAUGCUUUUUAGUUGCUACCGUGCACACAAUUAGCUGGUCACGUUUGAUAGUAUACAGACUAUUAGAUGUUUGUUCAUUCUGAAGCGAUAAGAUGUUUGCUUUGUCUUAGUAAAGCAGAAUAUGUACAUAGCACUUGAUAUUUUCACUGCUCAGUGAAAAACCUUUUCUUCUCUGAAAUGUAUUGGCACGUUCACCUUGCUUCAAUAUUGCCCCAUGCCUACAACAUUUCUCGCAAGUAACAUAUUGACAGAUUAUAACGCCAUUCAAAAUGAUGGAUUUACGUAGUAAGAUUGUUUGGUUGUUGGGCUGCCUCAGUGGACAAAUAGGACAGUAGUGUUGAGGUCAGAUGCAGCUAGAAUAACUUGAAUGCCUUUAACAAAGACCACUGGUGUGGUUGGACCAAACAUGAAAAUACUACAGAAUUGUAACAUUUAAUUUGUGCACCUAAAACUGACCAUUUCAGACAUAUCUGACAGUAAAUACCUUCCAUCCUUUUUAGUGUUUAUGUGUCUAAGAAGGGGAGGGGAUAACUCUGACUGGUUUCAUGCAUCUCAAGUGAAGAUGUUUUUUUUAAGCUACUCGCUUUGCAUUAUAUUGCUCAUUCCCAGCAAAUUCGAGAAGGAAAUACAGUAGCUGCAGGUAGAGCUCCAAAAAGGGGCGGGAGCUCCAAACCGCCAGCAAAGAUAUAGGGAGCCCCUAACCUUGAGUGGAAGUGAAGCCCCCUUUUAGAGGAACAUAGCCCUCUUUGGGAGAUUCCUCCCCCAUUUGGAGAUCUCCGGCCCACAUCUAGACCUACUUGGCAAAUUCAGGAAAUGUUCGUGGCCCUGUUUAUCUCCAUUUUUAUCUCCUUACAAAAGUAGUGAUCCUUUAGAGCAGAUAUCAGAUAAGCCUAUUGUAUCUGAGAUGGGUGAAACCUAAUUGGAGAUUAGCGGAUAGGAGCAGCAUGCCCCAAAAGUAUCACAGUAUAGGAAGCCAUGAUGGUCUAGCACCGGAGCCUUUUUUUUAUGGAAACCUAUUCCCUUUACGUUAUUUAUUCAGCUCACUUCUGCAGGCUAUGGACAGUAAAAGAAGACAAACAAUUGAUGUAUUUAUUUUAAUGGAUUGUUUUAACGUCAAAUCAUGAGAAGACUAUAAUAUAGAAAUAAAAGAUU